CAGCUCCGGCGCACGGCGCAGGCGCGGCGGCCAUUUCCGACGCAGCGGUGGUGGUGGGUGCCCGGUUGUUCCCGGUCGCACCGGAGUCGCCUGACCCCCUUGGCCGAGCGGCCCGCUCCGGCCCGCCGCGAGCCCGCGUCCCCGGCGCUCGCAGCGCGGCUCCGGCACGAUGUCUCGAAGAUAUGACUCCCGAACCACCAUAUUUUCUCCUGAAGGUCGCUUGUACCAGGUUGAAUAUGCAAUGGAAGCCAUUGGACACGCAGGCACUUGCUUGGGAAUUCUGGCAAAUGAUGGUGUUCUGCUUGCAGCAGAGAGACGUAACAUUCACAAGCUUCUUGAUGAAGUGUUCUUCUCUGAGAAAAUAUAUAAGCUGAACGAGGAUAUGGCUUGCAGUGUCGCUGGAAUCACUUCAGAUGCCAACGUUCUAACAAAUGAACUGAGACUGAUUGCUCAGAGGUACUUGUUGCAGUAUCAAGAGCCCAUUCCCUGUGAACAACUUGUCACAGCCCUGUGUGAUAUCAAGCAGGCUUACACACAGUUUGGAGGAAAACGUCCUUUUGGUGUUUCAUUGCUCUAUAUUGGCUGGGAUAAGCAUUAUGGAUUUCAGCUGUAUCAAAGUGAUCCGAGUGGAAAUUAUGGAGGAUGGAAGGCUACGUGCAUUGGGAAUAACAGUGCUGCAGCUGUGUCAAUGCUGAAGCAAGACUACAAAGAAGGAGAAAUGACCUUAAAGACUGCCCUGGCAUUAGCCAUUAAGGUUCUAAACAAAACCAUGGAUGUUAGCAAACUCUCUGCAGAGAAAGUUGAAAUUGCAACACUGACAAGAGAGAACGGAAAGACAUUAAUAAGGGUUCUGAAGCAAAAGGAGGUGGAACAGUUGAUAAAACAACAUGAGGAGGAGGAAGCAAAAGCUGAACGUGAAAAGAAGGAAAAAGAACAAAAAGAGAAGGAGAAAUAGAAUAUGAAAUUAAGUGUUCUGUAGAUAAUAAAGGACCUGCUUCAGUAAAAGGUAUUCUGUAUUGCUGCUGGUAGAAGCCUACAAAUACGCUGUAGAGAGCCCAGAAUGCUUUUGGUGAACCAGGUCCUUAAUCAUCAUUCAGAUAAUUAGUUUCAUGCUCCUUACGUUGACCAAUAGUUGCUUUAAUUCUUGGAACACUCUUAUUUCUUUCAUCUUCUAUUUUUUAUUGUGGAAUAAAAUUAAAGAAGAAUAGUGAUGGGUGUCUUUAUUUCUGAAGUAAUGCCUGGUAUAUGCACAAUCUUAAGGGUUUUGAUAACUUUAAACCAUUAAACCAAGGUAUAUGCUAGUAGGUAGUUGGUAAAGAACUAAUAUGGUGAUAGAAUUGUUAGAAUUUUGUGUGUAUGUGUGGGUUUUCUUUUAAAGUAGUGAAAAGGGCUCCUAAGUUUGAAAAAACACUUCACAAAUACAGAAUUAAAGUGUGCUGGCAUGCCAAGCUUUCAUUUUGGUCUGUUUUGUUCUACAACAGGCUAUGUCAAACUGAUGGUCUCGCAAAGGAGACGUGUUUGAAACAUGCCCUGUAGCAAAUGUGUUCAGUAACUCACUAGCUUUCAUGAGUGCAUGUGUUUGCUAAGAAAUUACUGAUAUAACGCUAGGUAUAUUCAGACACAGUAGCCAGACUUUUUACAAAGGCCACGUGGGAAUGUGAAAUUAUGUUGUCAAAAUACAGUAGGUGAAUAACAGUGCAUGAUUUUAGACCAUGUUGUCUCUUUCAAACUUUAUCCUGAAAGGAAAUUGUGUUGUAUGUUUAGUUUAGUAUUGCUGAUGUUUCCCCAGAGAACUAGGUUCCCUUCUCUGACAUCAACACUAGAAAACUAACAAGUUAACCACUUGAGAAAUCAAAGUAUUUGUGGAUUAAUUCAGAAUCAUUUUUAUUCUAUACUAAAUGCAAAGUAAUGAUUUUCAGAUUAAGAACAGUCUGUUGUAGUUCUGAAAAGAUGAAAGUUACUGAAAAUCAUUUUGCACCCUUGCAGUUACCAAAAGCAAAUUGAAAAGCUUGUUCAAGUGACAUGCUUCAAUGAGAGGACUUGUCUGCCGCAUUUCAAACUGUGACACUGGUGCCCCAGCCCAUGCUGUCCUGGGUUGCCUUUAUCAGUAGCAUUUUGUUUUACCCUAAAGGUUAUCCAGAGUUCACAGGAUUUAGUAUGACCAUUUGAAUAAAUGGUGUGAGUCCAGACAGUUUUACCCAUCACAGACACUUUUGACUGAUAAAAUGUACUUUGUUAACAUGGCCAGAAAUUGCCUUUAGUCUCAACAAAAUGCAUUUUUGAGCUCAUUACUGUAAGAUUCACUGUUGAGAACAGAGGAAAGGAAUUUGACUUGAGGCAUCUGUGCUGCAGCUCACAUAGACGGACUGCACUCACUUCGGCAACCUCUGGACAGAGCAUGGUAUAGAGUGAGGUGUGUUCUAUGCAGUCUGCAGGACCUGAUGCUUCAUUUUCUAAGUCCCAGUGCAAGCCAAUUGCUUUAGUCUUUUGUAGUGAAGACAGGAGUUUGACAGUAUUCAAAUUUUAUAGCUAAUAAAAGCUUUUUACUUGUACCUUGUGCAACAGUAGAUCUUCCAAAUAACAAAACAGGAAUGAUAUUCAUGUAACAAGUACUGAACAGUUGCAGACAACAUGCAAUGGGUAAGAUUUAAUCUCAAUUUUUAAGUGUUGAUACCUCAAGUUCAAUUUUUAUGUAGAAAGUUCAGUGCUCAAUUUUAUUUUUUGAUACCAUGAAUGCCAUAUCAUCAAAAUAAUCAUCUUUUGCAGGUUUCUAGAGCACUGAUAAUGGUUAUACAAGCACCUGAAUAUGCCCUAAAAGCAGCAGUGAAAAUGGAGUUUUAUCAAACUUCUCGAGGAUUACUUGAAACAAAACGUGGUAGACUCCAGCAUUGAGUCUGGAUUCAUUAAUGUAUAUAAAUCACACAAAGCGGUUUGUUUAGUAUGCUAGUAGAAUAUUAGAUAGAUUAGGAUAUAGAUUUAUUAUAACAUUUUUUCUUAAAUGCUUCUGUUUACAACAACAAGGGGAUAACAAAUAUAUUUGCAUCUUUUAUUUAAAGAAUUGCCGAUAGCAUUUCAUUGCCGAACACUGCUUCAUUUGCUGAUAAAAGAGAUACUGUAAUAAUCAAGUGGGGAUAAGUUUCUGAUCUGUAGUCCAUUAUUGAAGCAUUGUGGUAAGUUGUGUAGUUACACUACAUUUUAAAAGACCUAUUUAUCUAAAGGUUUUGUUUAUCCAAAGUAAAAGUACUGUCAAAUACUUUCAGUAUAAUCUUUGAACAAUAAUUACCUAUUUAAUUUAAGAAAUGCCAUCUCAGUGCCAUUAACAGCUGACUGUGAGAUGAACCUCUGUACUGCCUUGGAAUAGGCAAGUGACUCUAGUUGGCACUUGUAGCCAAGAUGUACAGCAGAGUUCUUCUACACUAAAUUUAAGUUCUCAUUCUUUUCUGCAUGUGAACCUAGCACAUUAAGCAGAUACUGGGGAUAUUUUAUUGAUAGGAGUCUUCUGGAGAUAUUCUUACCCUGUUUUUCCUAGAAAUAGAGCAGCAGUUGCCUGCAGAGGCCUCUUGUGUGGUUCUGGCUUUGUGCCUUUACUGGGAGUGGUUUGGGGAUACGUAGUAAAGAACAGAAAAAUGAUCUUCCUGUUCUUUGUAUAGAUUUUUUUUUGUGCAUGUGAUAUUUAAGUAGACUUUAGAAUGUAUUACACAAGUAUUUCAACUAACUAGCUAUUGAUGUGGAUUAAGUGUUAGCUUAACACCAGAACUUCAUGUGGUGCUGUGGAAGGCGGCAGAUUUUUCACAUUAGGUACAAGUACUUAAUUGAAACUGUUUGCAUAAUAGGAUGUUAGUAUACUUAAAGAUUGGAUAGCUUAUAUCUCAUUUGAGUGCAUGACAGAGCUUGCUAGGGCAAGUAUUCAUUAAUAGAGUGUCCUAAUAAACUGUAAUGUGUUUUGUUAUCCUAAGGAGUUUAAGAGAUAAUGGAACUACUGCUUCUCCAGUAAUACCUGUGCUGUUUCUUGCUUAGAUAAAGAGUUAGCUUGUUUUCUAGAUGAUUGUAUCCUGUUCAAAUAAAGGCACAUUAACUUCCAA